AGCUCAAUUUACGACAAAAACGUGUCUAAAUGUUAAGCGGGGGUGUGUCUUCUCUGUGAGUCAAAACCAAAGCUGUGUCAAGGAUGGCUUUAGUUCCUUUUCUUUUUGUUUAAAUGUAACUCUUGCUAAGAAGGAGUUAAUUUCGAAAAGCGUAACCGGAACUAGCUCUCCUCGCCGCAGCUAGGUCGACGCUGUCGUGAAAAAAGAGGGGGGAGGUAAGUAAUUAUUUAGGGGGAAGAAAGAAAGAAACAAAGUUGUCGACCGUGCAAAGCACACGGGGAAGGGUUCUAUUGAUCUUGAGUGACUCGUUAAGCCCAACGCCGGUCUGUUGGGAUGUGACUGUAACGGAUCACCAGCUUCUCUCAUUUCCUCUUCACUAUCCAAAGUUCUCCGCUACUGUUUCUCCCGGACGGGAUUUUUCUUUGAAAACGGGGAUGAUAAAAGCAGUCGAGCACAGGCGGAUGGACGGACAGACUGAGGGGACUAGCGAGUGCGGUAUGUGUGUUUUCCGUUGCCCGAGUUAAAGUUAGUAGCGUUAUUAUUUUUUUAUUUUUUUUGGUUUGUUUUCCGACCUCGUUUCGUCCUGAGAUGAAUGGCAGAAGUCGGAAAAUUCAAACGGAGAGACACCCCCACACCGCACUGGAUAAGCAAGACAUCAAACCAGCUUUACCGAAGUGUGUUUCAGACAGUUUAACCCACAGAGGAGAUGCAGAUGCGGGGCCGCAUGAGGGUCCACAAAGGAGGCCCUCCACGACCAUAGGUCACGCCGGAGUGUCCUGGAUGUACGUUUCUCCUGUUUGCUGGCUGGAUUGACUUGAACUAACUGUCUAAUAAUCCAAUGGAUUCUGCUUCACCACAGCCUACCUGCGCCUGUGGAUUUUCCACAUGAGGACAAGCCAGAUGACUCAGAGGACUUAAGUCAUGUAACCACCCUGAAAUGUCUUAAAAGUCUUAUUUAUCUGUUUUGUAUUUAUUGUGUGUAUGUAUAUAAGGGGUUCUUUUUGAAAUUUAGCUUUUGCGCUAGUUUCAAGGCCAGUUUUUAAUUUCUUUCUAAGUAUUUGAAAGCGUGCCCUUUCAUCUGUCGUAGUGAAAACUGCAGAUUUACUUGAACAUCUUUGUUCUGCUGUAUAUCUACCCACACUGUAUUUGAGCACAUUAAUCUAUAACUUAAGUGAGGGGAGGCUGUAGGACUUGAUUUUGCCCAGACAGGUAAAAACACGAGAAGGCCUCAUCAUGGACCGGCCGAUAAGCAAGCUAUUGGAGAAGUUAAAGCUGACUGACUCAGGCAGUGUGAAAUUCAACAGUUCAAAGAAAAAACAUGACUCUGCCAACAACUCUAAUAACAGCAACGCCAACACUGGCAUCUCCGGAGGCAGCGGUGGGGGCAGCGGUCUGCCACCAGCUCCCAGCUCUGCAGCUGCCUCGCCCUCAAGACCCGGCCAGUUCUCGCUUGCCUCUGCAACCACAAGUGAUGCAUGUGUUCCAGCGAGUGGAAGAGGAGGAGGAGGGAUAGGAAUGCCUCCCUCUCAGCUUCUCACCCCGCCGCCAUCUUCCUCCACAGUGGGUGCCAUACCUACAGAUGGCGAGCAGCCACUUCAUCUUUCCACCGUGGCACCACUGAGACGCCGCUCCCCCCAGCAGAGAGCUUCCUGUUACCUGGGCGAAGGAGUGGAUUCCCACCUGAGGCGUGAGUCUGGCCUGGGCCCCGAGUGCGACCCUAUGGGAGCGUUUGGCUCAAAGGCGUCCCUCAAUCAACGGCGCUACUCCCUCGAGCUUCAGCAGCUGGUCAGACGGCAGCAGCUCCUCUCUCAGCCUCCACCUCUCUCUGUCCCCCCACCAUACCCUGCCACUGCGGGCUAUGGGUCCGCUCCCAGAGGUGGUGGAGGCGGCUUGGCAGAGCCUGGCUACCUCUCCGAGCCUGAGAGGCACAAACGCCUUUCUCUUCAGGAGGCUCUGUUUUACAAACGCCUAAGCACGGGCAGUGAACUGUGGGAGACCCCCAGGCCUGCAUCCCUCUCUCAUCCACCACAUCGCACUUCUGAUAUGACAGGAGGAGGUGUAGGAGGAGGCUUCUUUUAUCCCCCUGGACCAACCCUGAGCCCAUGCUCAUCAUUCAGCCUCCAGGAGUCAGUGCUGGUCAGCCCCAGGUCCAGCUUUGCCUCCAGCACUGCCAGCGGUGGUGGAGGAGGAAGCCCCAUGGGGAGCCGCUGCAGCAGCAACCGGACCAGUGGUAUCAGCCUGGGCUACGACUCUCGCUACUCAGCCUCUGGAGGCCUCCCUCCACAGCAGCAAUCGCCCUCCAUACAGACUGGGGGUUCUGCGGCUGGUUAUGGGGCUCCAGGCAGGGCCGGGGUGACCCCUGUGGAGGCCUGGAUUCAGUACCUGGAUGGAGAGAUGCGCCCGGGAGUCCAUGAUAGCCGUCACUCCUACCCACCUGCCGUGGGGAGUCCAGGAGCAGCAUGCUACCAGGCUGGCUCAGAGUGGUGGGAAGAGCAGCAAGCAGGAGUGAGAGGCAAAGAGGGUGGUUUGAUGGGAGAGAGGGCCCGAUACUCAGAUCUGCCUGGCACCCGGUACCAGGAAGAGCUCACCCGACUUCUGCUCAGAGAUGCGGUGCUGCAAGGUGAGGGGCUCCUGGAAGGCCUGAUGCUGAAGGAUUCUCUGGCCCAGAUGGCUCUUUCCAAACCGAACACUUCACCACUGGGGUCUUGCUCAGCCGGAGGGCCAGUCAAAGCUCAGGAGGACCAAGCAGCUGGAGCUGGCAGAGAGGCCACAGAGAACCGGCAGGAGUUUUUUGGAACCUGUGUGAAGUGUGGGAAAGGUGUAUACGGGGCGGAUAAUGCCUGCCAGGCUCUGGAUAGCCUCUAUCACACCCGCUGCUUUACCUGUGUGUCCUGUGGACGCACCCUGAGAAACAAGGACUUCUACAAUGUCAGUGGUUCUGUGUACUGUAAAGAGGAUUAUAUGUUUUCGGGAUUCCAGGCUGCUGCUGAGAAGUGUAGUGUGUGUGGCCACCUUAUUCUCGAACAGAUCCUGCAGGCUCUUGGGAACUCGUACCACCCCGGCUGUUUCCGCUGUGUGGUGUGCUCCAAGGCUCUGGAUGGGGUGCCGUUCACCGUGGACCAUCACAGCAACAUCUACUGCGUGGCAGACUACAACAAGACUUUUGCCCCGAAGUGCGCUGCCUGUUUACAACCCAUCUUGCCUACUGAGGGCAGUGAAGAGAUCCUCAGGGUCGUGUCUAUGAACAAGGACUAUCACUUUGAGUGCUACCACUGUGAGGAGUGUGGUAAGCAGCUCUCCGAUAAGCCUGGCUCGCAGUGCUUCCCUCUGGACUCCCAUCUUCUCUGCCACUCCUGUCACAUGAGCAGAGUGUGCGCCACACACAACAUUCCCCCUCACAACACACACUGAUCAGCGCCCGUGCAGCUGCCGAUGUUAGAAGAAACCCGGUCUUAUAACGCUGUCAUUCUCUCGUGCUUUUGCUACGUCUUUUUUUUUCCCAGUAAGAUCAAACUGCUGAUGUUAAGGCAUUUCCACUGAUAUUAUCCACUUUCAUUUGUUUCUUUGACUUGGAUCAGUCCCCCUUUUUGUCACAUGUACUGCCUGCUGUACUUCUUGUACUAUAACUGUAUAGUUAUAAGGGAACGGGAACAAAACUACUGCUUUUUUUUUUUUUUUUUGUAACCCCAGUGUGGCUACUGUUUGCUGUAGAAGAACAAGGGAUUUUGCUAAAUUGUUUUGUACAUAUUGCUAGCAAACAUUUUGCACUUAAAUUUGACUUUACUGUAAGAGAUUUGUUACAUGAAUCUGUACAAUUUGGGGCAAAACAUUACUGUAAUUUCUUUAUGUUGUAAUAAAUAUUUUCAUUUGUGUUCAGUUCUGGUUGCAGUUGUAAAUGAGUUCAGUGUAACAAACUUAAAUCUUUACCCUGGCACUAAACUUCAAUGAUUCAAAGCUUUCUUUAUACAGAUGGGGGCACAAACGUGAAUCAGCUCAGUGGUUCUUGUUCAAGUCAUGAUGCUUCUUUGAGAAAUGACUCAGCAAAAAGCAGACAAGCUGGUAACAAAUUUAAAUUUAUUCAUUUGUGUGGUUCUCAAUACAUUCAGCACUUGCAGGACGAGGGAAAAAAAAAAACUGCUUCAAACUAAAAACAUAAAAUUAAAGAUGUUAAAAUUUGAACUAUUUCUCUAUUAGAAGGUAAACUUAUUUGUACCUCCUCUUAAAUAUUUAUGAUUGAAGGGUCAGAGGAGGGUAAAUUACCAAGUGGACACCUUAGUGCAAGAAAGAUCAGCUUCCUGUAAAUCUUGCAGCACAAACUUCAUAAAUUUCAUAUCCUCGUCUCAAACAAACAGAAAAAAAAACGGUACAGAUGAACUCAGGCAUGUGCAUGUCACAACACGCAAAAAUGACAUCUUCUAUCACACGCUUUUCUAGGCUACAGUGUCGAGACUUCGGUACCAGUUGUAUCUUUGUGGGUGGGGAUGAAGGUUAUAACUCACACAAACAACACCCGUUGUAGCACACAACAACCCUCCAAGGCCGAAACAUGAUUCAUAAAAAC